AUGUCUACAAAAUUUAUCACACCAUCAAAUUUGACUGCUAAUAAAAAAACAUUUACAAAUGGAGUGAUAACCAAUAAUCAUUCAUCUGUUCAAGCCAACUUCAAAGUUAAAACAGGUCUUGCUCAAAUGUUGAAGGGAGGAGUAAUUAUGGAUGUUGUGAAUGUUGAACAAGCAAGAAUUGCCGAAGAAGCUGGCGCAGUAGCUGUUAUGGCUUUAGAACGUGUACCAGCUGAUAUUAGAAAACAAGGUGGCGUUGCUAGAAUGUCUGAUCCAAAAAUGAUAAAAGAGAUAAAAGCAGCAGUCACAAUUCCAGUAAUGGCUAAAGUAAGAAUUGGACAUUUUGUAGAAGCUCAGAUUUUAGAAGCAAUUAAUGUUGAUUAUAUUGAUGAAUCCGAAGUACUUACACCAGCUGAUGAACAACAUCACAUAAAUAAAAAUAAUUUCAAAGUUCCAUUUGUAUGUGGGGCUAAGAAUUUAGGUGAAGCACUUCGAAGAAUUACUGAAGGUGCUGCAAUGAUACGUACCAAAGGUGAAGCAGGCACAGGAAAUGUGGUAGAAGCUGUAAAACAUAUGAGAACUAUUACAAAUGAAAUUAGAAAAGCUUCAGUUAUGAAUGACGAAGAAUUAUAUUGUUAUGCUAAAGAAAUACAGGCACCUUAUAAUUUAUUAAAAGAGACUGCUGAAUUGAAAAGACUUCCAGUAGUGAAUUUCUCUGCCGGGGGUUUGGCAACACCUGCAGAUGCAGCAAUGAUGAUGCAACUUGGGUGUGAUGGUGUGUUUGUUGGUUCUGGAAUAUUUAAAUCUGGCGAUCCAGCAAAAAGAGCCAAAGCCAUAGUUCAGGCUGUAACUUAUUACAAUGAUCCAAAAGUAUUAGCGAAUGUAUCUGAAGAUUUAGGUGAACCUAUGGUUGGCAUUAAUAUUGAAACAAUACCGACGCAUCAACUUUUGGCUAAAAGAGGAUGGUGA